AUGCUGGCUGAGUACGCCUCCUGGUUGUCGUGGUUGAACCGCAUCCCUCCGGCGGGCGUCAGCGUCCUGCAAGCAUUGCUGCCCACGGUCGCCGUGUCGGCACUCAUCAAACUCUUUCUGCGCGUGCUCCAGCUGCUCGUGACCCGAAGACGGCCCCGAACGGAAGGUGAGGCUCAGCUGAUCACCCAGCGGUACCAUUUCGCCUUCCUCUUCGUCCACACCGUCCUCGUCGUCUCCAUCCCCUCGGGGCUCACAGCCACCAUGUUCCAGAUCGUCGGAAACGUCAACAGCGUGGCCGCGGUGCUCGCCCGCAACUUCCCCAAGGCUAGCAACUACUUUCUGUCUUUCCUGGCCCUACCCUUCACCUCGACCGCCCUGACGCUCUCUCAGCCCGGGGCCUGGCUCACCCAGCCUCUCACCCUCGUGCAGUCGUGGACCCCGCGGCGGUUGCUCGACCACCAUCGGGCACGAGGGGUGGUCGACUGGGGCUUGGACGCCCCACAGCGUCCUCGCCUGUAUCGGUACGUACCCGGGCACCGGGCAUGGGAGCAAGCCCCCCCCCCCCCCCCCCCCCCUGGACCUGGUGGCGCGUGA